AUGGCUUCCAAACGUUUGCACGUUUCUGAAAUCUUAUGGUUUUUUUCCAAUAACAUUGAUAAUUUCGAUAAAGAUAGCUUUAAAGUUUCUGCUGCUGAAUUCUAUAAUAAUGAGGAAUUAGUUUCUGCAAAAAAGUUUUUGUUGACUGAACUUGAAUUGCUAAAAAAGGAUAAUAAAGAUGAAGCUAACUUGAAAUUACGAGGAAACUCGAAAUUGAACAAAGUAAAUGAUAUUGUUGUUAGUGAUAUUAUUGAAAUAUUUCAAAUGGCUUCAACAAACGAUUUAUUGCAACAAUUGCCGACUUUUGUGAUACUAAAUCCAAAAAAAAUACCUCAAAAUGUGUCUAAUGAAUUAUUAGAAAUAAUAAUUAAUAAUAAUAAAAUAAUGUCCGAAAAAAUUAACGAGCUAAUUAAUAUUAAUAAGCUAUUGUUGUCGCGCGUUGAAGGUAAACAUGUAAUAGCACCAGCUGAUUCAAUUGUAGCAGGUCCUAACAAUAAAGCAAAUAUAAUUCCAAUAAACUUUGAUAAUCCUAACCUCCCAUGGGGUGAUAGAUCGAGUGAGUUAGAUGACAGUGGAUUUACAGUUGUGCAGCGUCAAGUGAAGCGUCCGCGAACACCAACUGAAGUUUCGAAACUGCCUACUUUGCCCAAAGUUAUUAAGGGCAAAUGUUCUAAAGAUAAUGAACAUAUCCAAGCCAAUAAAAAGCUCAUAAAAAAAGCGGUUUACCACGUUGGAAACUUGAAAAAGUGUAGCAAACAGCGUAUAAUUGAUUUUUUGCUCAAGCACAACGUCAACACUUUGGGCUGCUUUCCGUUAUUUAAAAAGUCAGCUGAUGUCCUAAACCCACCGAAACCCACAGAAGAUUCUGAAUCUACUUCAUUCAAAAUAAUUAUAAACGUUGGUGUCGAGGAGAAAUUUUGUGAUCCUGAAAUCUGGCCGGAAGGCACGUUAAUUAGUAGAUGGGUGUUUUCGGAUCGCCCUCAACAAAACAGUUUGCGCUCGACUGUUGAAAACAGGACAGUUAUCGGCGACAUUAGUACACUUACAAGCAAACUCAAUGAAAGUGAUGAUUCUGUUGAUAAUGUGAUCAAUACAAAUAAACCGAACAAUGGAUAG